AAACAUGAUGGCUGCGGGAAGGCUCGCUGGAACUGGAAGAAAUCUUGUCAUAACUAGAACGAAGAUUGUUAAUUAAAAGUGUCUGGUGUAAGGGCGAGUUGUGGGCUUAUAUAGGGUCGCUGGAAGGCUGCGUCGUCUUUAGCGGUCGUCGCUAGCAGCCGACCGGACGCGCUGCGGUGCCGCUCGUUUUAGCCGCAACAUCGCGAAACGGAACGCCGGUGCGCGAAUAAAAACAAUAGAACAUCAUAAAAAAAAUACAGAUUAAUUAUUUGAUUUGUGACUGACUGUGUUUGUGAAGUGAGUUUUUAUUGGAAUCGGAAGUUUUAAUUGUCUGUUCCCAAAAGAUACGUUUUAAGGUUAAGGGAUCAACGAACUAUGUGGUUGCACAAGGCUGCUACUGAGAUCUUCAAACUGUACGCCCUUAAUACGUACAUAACGCCUUGUCGAUAGUCCACCGGCGAAAGAGACUAUUCAAACAGUCAAAAUGGAAGAAAACAGUCCUAGAUUUACAGUAUCGACCGUGGAGCCGGAGUCAAAGAAGAAUGGCAUCCACAUGGGAGCUAGCAUCAUCUCUCGACCCCUGCGAUCCUCAGCGGAGACGGCUGAACGUGGAGUUGCUGUGGUCGCACCUAAUAGCCAACCAGACACAUGGCUACAUGAUGCCGGAUGGCGUCGGAAGCGAUCUUUGGCGCAGCUCACGAGGGAAGCGUUGCCAAGAAUGGAGAACUACAGGAAUUCAAAAAGGGCGCUUAAGAGGCCGAGCUUGGGUGAGCUACACGGGGAUCAUCUCAUUACUGAAGAGGACGAGAGGGACACGAAGCGCGACACCAAGUCACCGACGCCGGCUAUCGGAAUUAAAUUAGGAUGGAUCCAAGGCGUACUCAUACCAUGUCUCCUCAACAUCUGGGGCGUGAUGCUGUUCCUGCGCAUCUCGUGGGUGGUAUCGCAAGCGGGCAUCGGCCUGUCGCUGGUCAUCAUCGCCAUCUCAGCCGUCGUGUGCGUCAUCACAACACUAUCCAUGAGCGCUAUAUGUACCAACGGCGAGGUCAAAGGAGGUGGCAUCUACUACAUCAUCUCCCGCUCUCUCGGCCCCGAGUUCGGCGCGUCCGUCGGCAUUAUCUUCGCGUUUGCCAACGCAGUAGCGGCUAGCAUGAACACCAUAGGCUUCUGCGACUCACUGAACGACCUAUUAGGCCCGGGCGGGGGCAUCUUCUCGGACAAGAUGAAUGAUACAAGACUGAUCGGCAGCAUAGCUCUGCUGGUCAUGUGCAUUAUUUGCGCGGUUGGCAUGGAUUGGGAGAGUAAGGCUCAGAACUUCCUGAUCGCAAUCAUCAUCGCUGCAAUAGUGGACUUCGUGGUCGGGACACUCAUGGGACCACAAGAUAACGUGUCCAUCGCGCGCGGCUUCGUGGGACUCAGCGCGCAAACGUUCAGCACCAACUUCUACCCGGAUUGGCGGUUCAGCGAGGGCCUGAACCAGGACUUCUUCAGCGUGUUCGCUAUCUUCUUCCCGUCGGUCACCGGCAUCCAGGCCGGUGCCAACAUCUCCGGCGACCUCAAGGAUCCAGCGUCAGCUAUUCCGAAAGGCACGCUGCUAUCCCUGCUCAUUUCCAUGAUAAGCUACGCCCUGAUGGUCCUGUUCUCCGGCGGUGGCGCACUGCGAGAUGCUAGUGGCAACUUAACCGAUCUUAUUCUAGAAAAUGACACAUUUAUAGACCUGGGAACCGUCUCUGACUGUGCCAACACAGGUGGAUGUCCGAAUGGACUACACAAUGAUUAUUCAGUUAUGCAACUGAUGUCAGCAUGGGGCCCCCUGAUCUACGGCGGCUGCUGGGCGGCGACGCUGUCCACCGCGCUGACGAACCUGCUGUCAGUCCCGCGGCUGAUCCAGGCGCUGGGCGUCGACCGCAUCUACCCUGGCCUAAUCUUCUUCUCCAAGGGCUACGGGAAGCAUGGCGAGCCUUACCGAGGAUACGUGCUCACUUUUUUGGUCUCACUUAUCUUCUUACUUAUCGCUGACUUGAACACCAUCGCGCCGCUGAUCUCCAACUUCUACCUGGCCUCAUACGCGCUCAUCAACUUCUGCACCUUCCACGCGGCACUCGUGCGCCCGCUGGGCUGGCGCCCUACUUUCAGGUUCUACAACAUGUGGAUAUCGCUAGCCGGGUUCCUGAUGUGCGUGGCCAUCAUGUUGCUCAUCAGCUGGAAGAUGUCUCUCAUCACCUUCGCCAUCUUCCUGACGCUCUAUCUUAUCGUACAUUACCGGAAACCAGACGUAAACUGGGGCAGCAGUACCCAAGCUCAGAUGUACAAGACGGCGCUCUCGAGUGCGCACAACUUGGCCCGCACCGGGGAACACGUGAAGAACUAUUGGCCGCAGCUAUUGGUGCUGGCUGGUCGGCCGCAGGCUCGCCCGGCGCUUAUAGAUCUGGGCCAUCUCAUUACAAAGGCUGGCUCGCUGAUGAUUGUUGGAGACGUAACGCAGGGUAAGCUAUCCUAUAAGGAGCGCAGCGCGCGCGCCCACUCCAACGACGAGUGGCUCCGAGGGCGCAAGAUCAAGGCGUUCAGCGCCAGCGUACACGGCUUCAACUUCGAGCAGGGUGCGCGGGCACUCAUACAGGCUGCUGGAGUUGGCCGGCUGUCUCCUAAUGUCAUGCUCAUGGGGUACAAGGCGGACUGGGCCACGGCGCCCGCCAGCGAUCUUGAGGCUUACUUCAAUGUGCUACACACGGCAUUCGAGAACCGUCUAGCCGUUGCGAUCCUUCGCGUGGCCGGCGGCCUGGACUACGGGCCGGUGACGGCGGAGGACGCGCCGGUCACAGGCCUCACGGCCACUUCUAGCGGCAGUGGCGACCUCCGGGUGCGCUCGCCUAAUGUCAUGAUGCACGCCGACUCCGACCUCGACAUACGGGGGGAUUCACAGCCUUCCAGCAGGCAUAAUCUGCAGAGUUUGUUGACUAUGACAACUUCACGAUCGUUCACUAUUUCGGAGGGCAAAGAGAAGAAGAAGCCAAUGGAUAUCCAUCGGCAAAUCGUCUACAAGGCAUCCAACGGCGUGGAGCUCUCUAAGGAUCAGCUUUCACAGAUGACCAUUUUCCAGAAGAAACAGGAAUCAGGUACUCUGGACGUGUGGUGGUUGUACGACGACGGUGGUCUGACUAUCCUUCUGCCGUACAUCCUGUCGCAGCGCACGGCGUGGUCGCACUGCAAGCUGCGAGUCUUCGCGCUCGCCAACCGCCGCCACGAGCUCGAGCUGGAGGAGAGGAACAUGGCGAACCUGUUGUCGAAGUUCCGUAUCGACUAUUCAUCACUGACGAUGGUGCAAGACAUCACCGAAGCUCCACAGCCGGAGACGAAAAAAAUGUUUGACGACCUCGUCGCCAAAUUCGCUGACAACACAAACGAAGAAUCUCAAAUAAGCGAAGUGGAACUUCUAACUUUAGCCGAGAAGACGAACCGACAGCUGCGGCUACGGGAGCUGCUGCUGGAGAAGUCCAAGGACGCCAACCUCGUAGUCAUGUCCCUGCCGAUGCCUAGGAAGGGUUCGGUGUCAGCUCCGCUGUACAUGGCGUGGCUUGAGGUGUUGAGCCGCGACUUGCCCCCGAUGCUGUUCGUGCGAGGCAACCACACGUCCGUCCUCACCUUCUACUCGUAGACGAUCAACGCACAAAUUUUGUGAAAAGACAUAAUAAUAAUAAUCCUUAAACCUCUUUAUUGCGCAAAAAAGUAAAGAUAAUGAAUUUUUUAAAGAAACACUAUCCCAGUGAAUAUUUAAUGUGGGAGGGGUUUACACGAAUGGGCAGAGCGUCUUUUAUAGAAUAAUAUGUCCUUAGCCUCGAAAUCAACUCUAAAAUUAAGUCAACGGCGCUAGACGUGGGCGACGUGGACGACCACCUAAGGCCUCGUGGUCCAAGAGCCUCGCACCUCAAAUACGUAUAACUCGAACGCAACGUACAAAUUAUUCGUUAUUUCUUGUGUCACUGAAGGACCUCGCUAAAUGUAUAUAAUUUGAUGUGGGCCACUGUGACCAUGCUCACAGUGGCCCACGUCAAAUUUUGGUCUUGCCUCGCCGCUGCCUGUAGGUAACCAUCACUGGAACCGUUUUAGAAAAAUUAUUCGCUAGGUACACUGAUGCUGCCAGUUUUGUCGGCUUUUGUACGUUAAAUCUUAUGGAGUAAAAUUAGUUCCAACAGCUGUCGAUAGCAUUAAUGUUUGACAUUCCAUAAGAUUACGUGUGUUUGUGACAAUCAGCGCCACUUGUCCCUCCAACGACUUCGCACCUUGCCAUGAUACUAUCAGUAGCAAACUUUAAAAUGACCUUUAUAACUACGUAGGGGUAUAUUAUACACAGGUACCCUACAAAUUUCACAUAAUACGUGUGUUUCAAAGGACGUUCUCUUUUCCUUUAUGUUACUUAAAAAGUACAAUACGCGAAUAAACUCUAUAUAUUUUAAGUGUUUUAAUUUUAAGAUACACUUAAGUAUUCGUUGUGAUUGUAAGUGUAAAUGUUAAAUGUAUUGGCCUAUUACUUUUGUAGGUAUGUACCUAAAUUAAAAAAAGUUCAUAACUUUCGUAUUGAUUAUAUUUUUAUACGGAUGCAUAUGUAAAGAAUUUAUAAAUUUAAAACCUAAGUAGCAAUGCAAAGCAUCAAAGUUAGGUUCCUGCAUGUUUUCUGUAUACUUAGUAACAAUCAACUAUUAUGUUGAGAUUAUUUUCAAUCAAAACGGUAUUUUUCGUCUGUAGUUAGGUAAAUGAUUUAGUUCCUAGUUACCUAUUUUUAUGUUGUACUGUAAAACAAACGUCAAAGAACAAAUAAAACCCCAAACUAACUUUUUACAGAUCCAGGAAAAAAAAGUUAGAUUUUCUUUUCUUCCGAAUACUGUUGGUAAAGGAGGCUAAAGUUUAAAAUGUAAGAAAGUCCACCUUUUGAGUUUAUUCCAAUAUGACACAUAUUUUAAGAAAAUAGACUAUGUACAAGUUUUUUAUACAGGACUCGUUCUAAACAACAAAAAAUCCUCAGUGAAUUUUGGGUAAUAAUGGAUUCUAAGUUCAUGUUAUUGUAGACCAAAGAUUAUACUAUACUUAAUAAGUAUGUAAUUUAUUAUCUUAUAAUUACAUCAACUGACAAACUAGAUGUGUGUGAUGUGUUAAUAUGUGGAAACGGCCGUAUUAGACUAUGUUAACGGCACUAAUCAUGGAACAUAUAAGAGAAAAUUUGGAGUCUUUUUGAUAUUUCACCGACACCUGUAAAAUUUCUACCACUUUACGCUUUCAAAAGUGUCCAAUUCAUCCUUUAUGUUUUCUAUGUAUUUAAUGAAAGCUACUGCAAUUGGUUUCAAUAUUAUUAACCAAUUAAAACUGUGGUUUUAUGCUCCAGUUAUGGAAUGUAUGGCGCCAUUCAUUGUCAAAAUAACAAAUAUCAAUGAAACAUUUAACUUAAUGUUGAGGUAAAAUAUUACCAGCGAUUAAAAACUGAUGGUAAAUACUUGUUUUACAGCAUUUGUCUAUACCAUUCCAUUACUGGUGCCUGUUCCAUUAUGGGGGUGUUUACUAUAGUUAAUUAAAUAGCUUAUUUAAUUCGAACUUUCAUACCAUAAGUCAUCGCAAGUCAGACCCCAUAUGGAGUAUUGCUGUCACCUUUGGGCAGGAGCUCCUGCAUGCCAGCUUGGACCCUUUGACUCAGUCCAAAGGCGCGCUGUGCGAAUCGUUGACGAUCCCAAACUCACAAGCGGUAUUGAACCUUUAAGUCUAAGGAGAGACUUUGCCUCCUUGUGUGUGUUCUACCGCUUGUACAAUGGGCUGUGCUCUGAGGAAUUGUUUGACAUGAUGUCAACGGCCACUUUCUAUCACCGCACCGCUCGCCGUCGGCAGGGAGUUCACCCUCACACCUUAGAACCUAAAUGGUCGCGUACUGUGCGGUUCAAGAAGAAUUUCCUCCCGCGGACGCUCCGGCUGUGGAAUGAGCUCCCUUCCGAGGUUUUCCCGAGGGUCUACAGUAUGGGGUUCUUCAAAAAAGGAGUGUACCAAAAUCUAUUCAGAUAACUGGACUUAAUUACUUUAAAGUUUUGAACUGACCAAAUAUACCUACUCUUUAAGCUUUUUAAGAAAGGUACUAACAAACGUAGGUUUAAAUAACGUGAUAAAAUAGUUGAAAACCAGACACACUUUUAUUUGCAUGUUUCUUAUGAAACUGUGAAACACCCAAAGAAUAUUAAUAUAAUAAGUAAGUAAGUACAUAUUUUACAUGCCCAUGAACAAUUUACGGAUACGCAUUUUAAAUAUUUUAUAUAUAGUACAAUGUGAUUUUAAAAGUUAGUUAAUUAAUGAUCUUAUAAUUAUAACUAGUUUUAACAAAUUAUGAAAGAGAUAGCUAUAAUGUGACAAUGUUUUUUAAUAAAAUAAAUGAUGAGUUUUA